AGAAGAGAAGAUUUUAAACGCCCUGUAUUAUCUCCCCCCAGCCGCCACGAAAGCUUCCGCCGGCCGGCCGCCGCCGCAACGCCAUGUUCCAACUCCGAGCGCGUGUCCUCUCUUUCCUUGUCCACUCACCACCCCGUCUCCGCGCCUCCCGCGUCUCUCCCCUCUUUGUCCUCCGCCGCAAGGCCCGCAACCUCUCCGCCACCACAUCCGCCUCACCAAGCCCCUUCGCCGCCGAGGACUACCUCGUCGCCACCUGCGGCGUCCCCCGCGCCCAAGCCGUCAAGGCAGCGAAGAAGAUCUCCCACCUCAAGUCCUCCUCCAAGCCCGACGCGGUCGUCGCCUUCCUCUCCGGCCUCGGCGUCCCCCGCUCCGACAUCGCCGCCAUCGUCGCCGUCGACCCGUGGUUCCUCUGCGCCAGCGUGGAGAGGACCCUGGCGCCCCGCGUCACCGAGCUGAGGGAGCUCGGCCUCUCGCGCUCCGAGGUCGCGCGCCUCGUCCCGCUCGCCCUCUGCUCCUUCCGCAGCAGCUCCCUCAGGGGCAACCUCGACUUCUGGCUCUCGGUCUUCGGCUCCUACGAGAAGCUCCUCAAGGCCCUCAAGAUGAACUCCGGCCUCCUCGCCGCCGACCUCGAGAAGGUGGCCAAGCCGAAUCUGGCCCUCCUCCGGCAAUGCGGGCUAAGUCCCUCCGUCUUCUCGGAGCCCUUCAUUUCCCGGGUGCUCGUCAGGACCCCCAAGAAAGUUCAGGACGCUUUGGUGCACAUUGACAAGUUUGGGGUGUCGCAGAACUCGCGGAUGUUCCUCUACGCGCUUGUGGCCUUCACCGUCCAGAGCCCGGAGAAGCUCACCGACAAGAUCGGAGUCCUCGAGACGCUUGGUUGGUCGCAGGGCGAUGUGCUGCUAGCUGUGAAGACGAUGCCGGGCAUCCUGACCAUAUCCGAGGAGAGGCUGCAGAAAAAUGUGCAUUUCCUCACAAAGGUUGCUGGACUGGAGAUAUCUUACAUUGCUCAAAGGCCGGUGCUGCUCAAGUAUAGCCUUGAGCGCCGCUUGUUUCCCCGGUACUGCUUGCUUAAGCUACUCAACACGAAGGGAUUGCUGGAUCUCCGAUUUGAUUACAAUGCCGCCUCGCUGUCCGAGAAGAAGUUUCUUGGCAGGUUCGUGCAUCCUUACAAGGAGAGUCUUCCAGGCCUUGCUGAUGUUUAUGCUUCUAGCUGUGCUGGGAAACUACAGAUGGAGUUGCUAUCAGAGAACACAAAAGAAAACUAGAGAAUCUACCUUGCCUGUCCUGGGUGAGCACCAUAGGAUUGCCAUGUUGGAUGGAAAAAGUUAAGGUUUGUCAUCCCCCUUGGUUCAUUGGUGAAGUUCUGUGCAGUUUUUCUGUAAGUGAUCCUUUGUAGUGUUAUUAACUGAUUAAAAAGCAUGGUUACAGAUUAUCAUCUUGCCAGAAAUAGAGCGUGUAAUGAAAUUUCUGGGAAUGAUCAUGCUUGACUUCAUCUGCA